CUGAAAUUGUAUGCAAUAAAAUUGUUGACAAUGAUAUGAUAUCUACCAAACGACGAGACAGAGUCUUAUUCAAUGGCGUACUGAUCUGGUUCCUUACCACAAUUUCCAAAAGACCGUGUACCACGUGCAGUUCAUGCACCCGAAAAUUAAGAACUCAUUUAUAACAUUUAUAAAUUCAGUUUCAUAUCAUCACGACUUUAUAAAUUCGCCCCUUCCAAAACCCCUCUGUUGGUAAAUCCCGAUUAGAACUCUCAGAAAUGAUGGCCAGAGCUCUUUCCUCCUCCAUCAAUGGAGUUUCAGAUCUUUUCGGCUUAUCUCGAGCAAAUCAUCUUAGCCCUUCUUCAUCCUCCUCUCUGCGUUACCGCCCCCCAUCCGCCAUUAAAAUGGUUCAAACCCAACAAACUUACUGGGCUACCAUCGAGUCGGACAUCGAAACCCAUUUGAAGAAAUCCAUUCCGAUCAGACAUCCAGUCUCGGUAUUCGAUCCCAUGCAUUACUUGACCUUCGCCGCCCCUAGAACCACCGCGCCGGCGCUAUGCAUUGCGGCUUGUGAAGUCGUUGGCGGCGAUCGGGCCCAAGCUAUGGCGGCUGCGGCGGCUAUACACCUCGUCCACGCCGCCGCUUUUACACACAAGAAUAUCCCGUUGACCGACAGGCCCAGGCCCGAGCCCAUUGAGCACAAGUUCAAUCCAAAUAUUGAGCUCUUAACGGGAGACGGGAUUAUGCCAUUUGGGCUUGAGUUGGUUGCCGAGUCCAUGAGCUUGGGCCUAAACAAUCCGGACCGGGUAUUGAGGGUUAUCACUGAAAUCUCACAGGCCGCUGGAUCCCGAGGCGUGGUAGAAGGCCAGUUCAAGGAAAUGGAUAUUUCUCUAUCAGAAAUUGAUGUUGGGCUGAUUGAGUAUGUGUGUAAGAAGAAAGAAGGUGAAUUGCAUUCUUGUGCUGCCGCAUGUGGAGCUAUCUUAGGAGGUGGAAAUGAGGAAGAAAUUGAGAACUUGAGAAGAUAUGGGCUUUAUGCAGGAAUGGUUCAAGGGAUUCUGAAUGGUGUUGGAAGCAAAAAUCGAAAAGGGUUGCAAGAAAUGGUGGAAAAACUGAAGGUAUUAGCGCUGAAAGAAGUGGAAUGUUUCAAGGGCAAUGGUAAAUUUGAUGGCAUUCUAGCUUGGUUUGAGUCUGAGCUUUGCAAUGUUUAGUGCCUAGUUGUGGUUUUGUACUACUUUGUUGUACCGUGGAAAUUGUUACACAUACCAUUGUAUUGAUUAAUGUUCACUGGUGUCACUGAAGAAAUAUGUCAUUGAUUUGUAUCCAAAUUGGUCUGUAACUAUAGCUAUGAUUCAUUCAACUGAAUUUAUCACAAUGGUUUAUGUUCUGUUGCUGAUAGGCAAUAUAACUAGUCAUAUUUGGGUAUGUGAAAAGAAAUCAUCGCGUACUGUAUGUACAUCGUAAAAUUUUGAGGUGAAUUCCUGUAUGUUUUGGAUUUAUACAGGAUCCGAAUCAAUUAAAGUCCUUAAUGACGAUGCUUGUCUGUUAUUCUA